AUGUACACUCUGUGGAAGUUGCUCCUUGCCUUGUUCUUUUCUAUCACAUUGGUUCAGAGCUCCCGAGUGCUGGAACUCAGCGAUCGUUUUCUGGACGUUCGAAAUGAAGGCCAGUGGUUUGUAAUGUUCUAUGCGCCCUGGUGUGCACACUGCAAGAAGCUUGAACCCGUGUGGGCCCUCGUUGCCCAGGCUCUGUACAAUACGAAUAUACGUGUGGGUCGUGUAGAUUGCACACGGUUUACUGCAGUGGCGCAGCACUUUAAAGUGAACGCGUAUCCAACGAUUAUUUUCGUGAAAGGCCCCUACGACUACGUGUACAAUGGUGACCGGUCCAAGGAAGAGCUGAUGCACUUCGUGAAUCGCAUGUCGGGUCCACCGGUACAGCUAGUGACCCGAGCGGACAGCAUCGAUAUAUUGAAAUCCAACAAUCCGAUCUUUUUCACGUACGUUGGCAAACAAUCGGGAAUCCUGUGGGAUGUGUUCUACAGUGCAGCAGAAUCCUACCAGGCCCACGGGUAUUUCUAUGCUACCUCGGUCGAAAUAGCUAAACGACAUUUCGAUGUGGACACCGUCCCUUCCGCACUGGUAUACAAGGAGCGAGGCCACUACUAUUUCCCCUAUUCGGAUAACUUUGAGAAUAUUGAACCGACCCAUCUGAACGAAACACUCUUCCGGUGGGUGAAUGAGGAACGGUUCGCUACGUUUCCGAAGAUCACCCGCAGUAACAUUCAUCACCUGGUGCAGACCAAGAAAUACCUCGUACUCGCGGUCGUGGAGGAAAAUAAGCUUAGCGAAAUCGCUGCCCAUGAACAGGAGUUCCGGGACAUGGUGGAGAUAUUCGUACACAAAAAUAAGUACAAGUACCACGGGCGGUUUCAGUUCGGUUGGGUCGGCAACCCUGAACUGGCCCGCUCGAUUGCCAUGGAUAGUCUCCCUACCCCUCAUCUCCUGGUGUUAAAUGCAUCUACCAACGAACAUCACAUUCCUGAGGACGAUCCCCUGCAGCUGACGCCGGAAGCGAUCGAAAUCUUUCUCGACAGCAUUCACAACCAGACUGCCCCGACGUUCGGUGGUAAUUCGCUCCCGGUGCGCAUCUAUCGCGCUUGGUUCGAGGCGAAAACCUCGCUGUAUGAAAUGUGGAUCGGCAAUCCGGUGCUCACGACGGUACUUUUCGGUCUUCCGUUGGGUUUCCUCUCGCUCAUCAUGUACUCCAUCUGCUGCGCGGACAUUCUCGAUGCAGAGGAAGAAGAUGAAGGCACCGAGCAGCGACAUGAGAAGAAGGAGUAAGAAGCUAAUGACGGCGAAUGGGGCAAUCAUGGCAUUUCCCUUGAAGCGCCACUCCAAACGGGAACUGAAACAAGCAAAGGACCCGGUUCUCAUUCAACUCUAGUCAUACCGUUUUCUUUUCUUUAUAUUACACUUUUCAUUCCGAUGGCUCGUUGGCGCUUCGUUUACGAAGCCGGUGCCAACGGACUUACUACGUAAUAAUGAUAAAAUAGGGUCAUUUUAGACAAUUUUUAAUCCUGCAAAACACCCGCCACCCGGCAGGUGUUUCGUACGUGUUUGUU